AUGGCUAUCCCUAAAGCAUUUGCUUCCCUCUUCCUCGUCCUGCUUCUUGUUUCUCCUCUUUGCUGCAUGGCCAGAGACGUACUCUACCCUGGAGAAUCCCUCAAGUCUGGGCAAUCCCUGACCGCUGGGAGCUACAAGUUCAAAAUGCAGGAAGACUGCGACCUGGUCCUGCUGGAUGGCACUCAAAAGCCAUGUUGGACUAGUGGCACUGCCUAUUUAGGCAGAAACUGCUAUCUCUCUUUCAAGACUGAUGGUGAGAUUAGCAUUUAUGACAAGAACAGCAACAAGAAAGUUGUUGUGUGGAAGAGAGACUCCUCCUCGGGGCAAGGCAACUAUGUCCUCAUCCUGGAAAAAAUUGGGAAGGUUGUCAUUUAUGGUCCAAAUCGCUAUUCGACCACUAUUAAGGCCACCAGCUUUGGUGCUUUGCCUGCAAAUAAAGCUGCAGAAGAAGCCAAGGCUGCAAACAUUUCCAUGUUUAAUGUGCCUGAGAUAUAUGUAUCAUGGGAUGAUGAUGAUGAUGAUGAUGAUGAUGUGAUGCGCUCUUGUGUCCAUGUUGCUUUCUUGACUGCAUGUUUGAUUGGCUAG